CUUUUGAAGCUCCGCCUCUGACCAUCGCAAAUCUGUGUAUGUGAGAGAUGAGCAGCAGCAGAAAGCUGUGCGGACCUGGUGCAUGAGAAGUGAGGUCCUCAACCAUCCCAGUCCAGCUUGAGCGUCCGUUUUAUGAUGGCCGCGGCUGUGGAGAGAGGAGGGGUGCGGGCCGCCUUCAUGAACCCGGGUGUCGGUGCACCCGCUCCCGCACCCGCUGCCGCUCUGCCCGGAGGAUCAACCAUGGCCGGAGCUGGGGGUUCGGGCUCGGGUGCGGCGGGUUUGGGUCCCAUCAUGCCUGUGCCAAUGAAUUUGUUUGCAACGUGGGAGAUUGACCGCUCAUCUCCGAGCUGUGUUCCGAGGUUGUGCAGUCUGACCCUGAAGAAGCUGAUCGUUCUGAAAGAGCUGGACCGUGAACUCAGUUCUGUUGUUAUCGCUGUCAAGAUACAGGGGUCGAAACGCAUCCUGAGGUCGAAUGAGUACAUGCUCCCACCCAGCGGCCUGAUGGAAACAGACCUGGAGCUCACCUUUUCCCUGCAGUACCCACAUUUCCUGAAGAGAGAUGCCAACCGGCUGCAGAUCAUGCUUCAAAGGAGGAAACGCUAUAAAAACAGAACUAUUCUGGGCUACAAGACGCUGGCUGUUGGUGUUAUUGAUAUGGCUGAGGUGAUGCAGCACCCGACAGAUGGAGGCCAGAUUUUGGGUCUCCACAGUAACGUGAAGGAAGCACCAGUGCGUGCAGCGGAACUGAGUGUUUAUUCACUGUCCAGCCAACCGAUUGACCCAGAAGACAACAUACAUAAACCACACAAAAAUAAAAAAUCUAUGGAUAACUAUUCUGAAGAUGACGAUGAUAGUUACUCAUCAGAGCAAGAGGCGAGUGAUGACGCUGUUCAAGGCCAGGACCUUUAUGAUGAAGAUGAUGAUGUUCAGCGGAAACCAAAAAAAUCUCGGAGGAAAAUGAUUAGAACCACAUCAAUGACCCGACAACCCAAUUUCAAGCAGAAGUUUGUUGCCCUCCUGAAAAGAUUCAAAGUAUCUGAUGAGGUCCUGGACUCAGACCCGGUUGAUCAGACGCAGGAGGUUGAAGAUUUGGAUCUUCUGUAUGACAGUCUGGAGGUUUAUAACCAGAGCGACAGUGGCCCAGAGAUGGAGGACAAUGAGAGUCUUCUCAGCACUCCCAAACCCAAACUAAAGCCGUUCUUUGAGGGAAUGUCUCACUCCAGCUCACAGACAGAGAUCGGCAGUUUGCACAGUCAGAAGAGCCAUUCGAGAGAGCAGACUUCCACUGGUGGCGAUCUGUUAACAGUGGAUAAGAACAGGAUGGCGGGUGGCCGAUAUCAUGAUGACCCUACAGUGGUGGACUCUGCAGCUGGGGAGCUGGUGGAGGACGAGGCUGGUGGCGGCAUGGCAACAUGUGACACCAGCAUGAGCUGGGACGUGAGCGCGGAGAAAUUAGCAGGAACGGUGGGCAAACUCUGCAAGGCUGAGUCGCAGACUCUCAUGUCACCUAGUAAAACAGACAGUAAGCUGCAGCGACGUCCACGAAGCACAUCCAUGAAGGACAGACAGAACUCUAAAGCUCAGAGCGAUCGCACCAGCAGCAUCGAGAGCGAGACCUCGCCAGACUCCAGGCUCAUCACACAGGUCCCGAGGAAAUCAGUCUACGAUCAACUCAACCAGAUCCUGAACUCUGACGAACAUCUGCCAGAGAAUAUCAUUCUCAUUAACACUACAGACUGGCAGGGACAGUAUUUGAAUGAGAUUCUUCAGGAGCACAAGCAGCCGAUUGUGUCCACCGUCUCCCCCGCAGAUGUUCAGGCCGCCUUCAACACAAUCGUCACCAGGAUUCAACGAUUCUGCAACUGUAAUGCACAAACACCACCCACCAUUAAAGUGGCGGUGGCGGGCGAUCAGAGUUACCUCAGCACGGUCCUGCGCUGCUUUGUGGAGCAGCUCGCCAACAAGACGCCCGAUUGGUUGAGCUACAUCCGGUUUCUAGUCAUUCCUGUCGGUUGUCAUCCACUGGCCAAGUACAUCUCAACAUUUGACAGUAAGUUCAAUAACAUCUUCAUGGACGCAGGAUGGAGGGACGUGUUCGCGAGGUUAGAAGCUCCUAAUUCAGAUAAUAUUGAUGUGGCCGGACGGGUCUCACAGUAUCUGACUGGAGCCAGCCUCUCCCACCAGUUCCCAAUUUCUGAAGCAAUGCUCACCUAUAAACAAAAAAGCCCUGACGAAGACUCCUGCCAGAAGUUUGUCCCAUUCAUUGGGUUGGUGAAAGUGGGAAUUGUGGAGCACAGCUUAUCUACAUCAGUGGACUCCGAUGACGCAGUGAUGGUGGGCGGUGUGAACAUGCUCUCCUCACCUCCAGCACAGACGGGAACACCAUACGGGAAAGACGUGACCUCCACCCCUCCGUCAUCCCCCUCUGUUUCUGCCAGUCUCUCUGGAGCAGGCUCUCCAGGCACCGGGGGUGAGGUGAUGGGUCUUCAAGUGGACUACUGGACAUUACAGGGCGCAGAGAAGAAGAAAGAGGGUGAAAAAAGAGAUGUGGGAAGUAAGUACACACUUAAGAGCAACUUCCGCUCACUGCAGGUUUCCCGAAUCCCCAGCGGAGGAGAGCCAACACCCCCUCCUGGAAUGGCCAUGACCGUUGUCAUGAAGGAGAAAAACAAGAAAGUGAUUUUCCUGAGCAAGAAGCCAAAAGAGAAGGAUGUGGAUUCUAAGAGUCAGGUGAUAGACAGCAUCAGCAGACUCAUCUGCACCGCUAAACACCAGCACACCAUGCUGAAGGUGUCCAUCGAUGGCGUAGAGUGGCAUGACGUGAAGUUUUUCCAGCUGGCCGCGCAGUGGCCGACUCACGUGAAACACUUCCCUGUAGGAAUCUUUGGCUACAGCAAACCCAUGUGACCUGCUGCUGCCAUUUACAGAUGGGGGAUAAAACAGACAAAUGGAUUUUCCUGUGGAAAUGGUCAAUUUAAAAGCCUGUGUCCUUGACAGAAAUGUUGUUAGUGAUGUUACUUGUCAUUUUUUGUUGCUUUGGCGGUGGAAGGAUCAUUGGUCUUUAAAUUUAAGAUGAGCAGCACAUGUUGUGGUAGGAAUCGUACCAGCACGUACAGCAGAAUCAGUUUGCACUUUGUUGGGUUAAAGUUUGUUAUUAUUUCUGUGAAAUUUUCCGUGUUGAUAAUUGUUCUAUGUACAAUAUUAUAGGGUGGGAUAUAUGAAGUGAGCUUGUUUGAAAUUUUAUUCUAAAAGUUUGUGUGGGGUUUGGUAAUGUCGUGUUAAUAUUUACAAAUGGGAGAGGUUAAAGGAAUAGUUUGCCCAUCUUAUGACAGAUAUGUGUGAAACAGUUCUCCGUAGCUUGUAAAUCUCAUUCUGUGCCAGUUUUGACAUCGGUAAAUUGAUGAUAGCAUUAAAUUAAAUUUUGGGUGAACUGUUCCUUUAAAUGACAAAUAGGAGUGAUUCAAGUGCAAGUGGGAGGGGCCACAUAACUGGUGGGAGGAGUUUAUGUUACUGUUUGUUGAAUGAUUUUAGUGUAUCUGUGAAUUCUAAAGGGCACGUCCUUUAAAUUUUAGUAACGAACACUUUUAGAUUAAGUAAAGUGUCUUUGGUUAUUUAAUACAGUACUUUAUAAUUUCAUUACCUGGAUGAAUAUGACAGGCGUGUUGAGGGGGAUGGGAACACAUGUGGACUAGUGGUGCUUUGGUAUUUUGUAUGAAGAAGGCAGAUUGUGUGGGUUCAGCCUAAAGGGAAAUAUCAGUUUUUAAAAUGUUAAAUGCUUUAAAAAGCCCUUUAAAUCGUUUUAUUCCCUCUGUGUAGGGUGAUGAGGAGAAAUUUUCACUUUUUACUCUUUUAACAUUUCUACCUUCCAUCUCUGAUCGUUCAUGGUGACCAUGUUACCAGGUGUUUUUAGAAAGGCUGUGUCUUUGUGUUGCAUACAGGGUCCAGUUACUGCCGGCUAAUUAGGGCUCAUACUAAAAGAUUAUUGGGAUGAUUACAGGACGUCCGGCCAACUUUUUGUAACUUCUGUGGUGGAUCUGUUUAUGUUUUCUCACUCUUCAAAAGUCCCUUUACAAAAAUUGCCUGUUUGUAAAUACUGAGGGAGAGUGAUAGUAGCUUUACCUGUGGUUGUGUGUGUGUGUGUGUGUGUGUGUGUGUGUGUGUGUGUGUGUGUGUGUGUGUGUGUGUGUGAGUGUGUGUGUGUGUGUGUGUGUGUGUGUGUGUGUGUGUGUG